AUGUCAACCACCACACCAACCCCCCGCUACAAACUAAUCUUCUUCGUUCCCCCCUCCCACCUCGACCCCUGCAAAGAAGCCAUCUUCGCCACGGGCGCAGGUACCUUCCCGGGCGGCAAAUACACCAAAUGCUGCUUCCAGACACGCGGACAGGGCCAAUUCUUGCCGAAUGAGGGGGCGAACCCGGCGAUUGGAGCUGUGGGUGUCGUUGAGCAGUGUGAGGAGGUCAAGGUCGAGAUUAUGUGUCUUGGUCGGGAGGUUAUGGUGGAUGCGGUGCGGGAGUUGGUUAGGGCGCAUCCGUAUGAGGAGGUUGCGUAUGAAGUUUAUCGGAUGGAGGAUGUUUAG